CUACAUUCCAUGUCUUUUCUCGUAGAACACAAAUGGGAUUUUUGAAUGAUACACGGUCCAUUCACUUUCAUUAUGGAAAAUGCAAUUAAAAAAGAUUGGUGACUGAGCCUGUCAACCUCCAGCAUUUUGCCAUUUGUGUUCCUCGGAAAAAAGCAGUUUUUUUGAACAACAGAGAGUCAUUUGUGGCGUAUUUUUCGUUUUAGGAUAACUCUUCUGCUUUCAAAAUUGUUAAUAUGGCCAGUAAGAUUGCAGGUAAACAUAGUAUGAUAAAACUAUGUGAAUUUCGAGCUGUGAGGAAAAGCCAUGCAAUUCUUCGGGAUGCAUCACAGCCUCUUUAUGGUUUUCGACGUUGGAGGGUUGCCAUGGCAUCACGAUCAGGACCGCGAGCUACAGGAACAGACGGAAGUGACUAUCAGCACCGCGAGCGCGUGGCAUCACACUAUCAGAUGAGUGUGGCCCUGAAGUCUGAGAUCAAGAAGCUGAACAUCGCUCAUGCAGUGGUCUGGUUGCUUGUAGCAGCACAGGUGGUGGUCAGUCAGCUGAGCUUGGUAUCCCAUAAAGUGGUGGCCUCUCCGUACCAAUGGGAAUACCCGUAUCUUCUGAGCAUCAUACCUACAGUCUUCAGCUUCAUGGCUAUGCCAAAAAACAACAUCAGUUACCUGGUCAUCUCAAUGAUCAGCGCUGGGCUUUUUUGUGUCGGUCCUAUUCUUUAUGGAGGGAUGGAGAUGUUCCCUGUGGCUCAGCAGCUUUAUCGACACGGCAAAGCUUAUAGGUUCAUCUUUGGUUUUUCUGCUGUCUCUAUAAUGUACUUAGUUUUGAUUAUUUCACUUCAAGUGCAUGGCUGGCAGAUCUACUAUAGCAAAAAGCUGCUGGAUGCCUGGUUCACCAGCACACAAGAUAAAAAGAAGAAAUAAGAGACUUCUGGAGAAUAAUAGUUUGUCAGAUGCUUAUUUGUCUUUAUUUUCUCUUCCUGAGGGCUCUUCGAUCACAUGUUUUUAUGAUUACCUGACUAAGUAAUUUGAGCCUAAGAGGAGAUCAGAUUCGUUAAAGGAUGUUCGGUGUCAAUCAUCUCAUCCACUGGCUCUCGGCCCAGAUCAAGACGUCACUGAUCUCCUUUUCUGCUUAGGUUUGAACUGCGGGCUUUUUAAUCUCUCUCUGUUUCCACCACAAUACAACAUGCUGUUUAACACCUCAAGUUGUAUUCAUAUGGGAUUCAUUGGGAUCUAGGCACAUCUGGGAAAUGUAACGAUGUGUGAAGAGCCACAGCAAAAGUCCAUUUACUAAAACAGUGUGUGUCAGAUAUUCUGCUCUUUUUCACUAAUCAGCUUUCAAUAAAAUUAUCAGAAAUUAUUUUUUGUCAGUUUUGAAUAAACGGACUGAAAUCAACAUGCUUUUGUUUGAGGUUGUAAUAAUAUGUAACAAAUCUAAACAACAAAAAUAAUUUUUAAGUAAUAAGAAUAAAAAAGUAAAUUAAUAUGU